GCGGUCUCUCGGGUCAAUGGCAUGUCUUCUUCAAAAGGCCGGUCUUUUAUCGACACCCUUGAAGCGCCAGGUUCAUAUAUCAAGAAUUAUGUCUGCACUCGGCCCUCAAGACGCACGACAGCAGCCAUCGGGAAAGAAAAGAAAGUCUAACGAUUUAUCGAGGGAGGGGCAUGUGAUUCCUUGGGAUGGUUUGAGGAGCAGUUAUGCCGACACUCAUUGUCACCUGUUUACAACGUUGGAGACUCUUAAGGUAUGAUCCGCGCUUCCCCUCGGGGCAUUAUGCUCUUGCGAAAGUGACACAUGUUGUUGACCUGGGCGUAGAGGGAUGGGGAUCAGAGCAUCCCCCAUAAUAGAAUAGACUUAUUCGUCAAGCAAUUUUUCCCCAAGAAUUGCACUUCCGUCGUGGAUAUACACUGUGAUUUACCCCUGAGAGACCUUCACGAGCAGGCAUUGAGUUUGACUGAGUGGCCCGAGGGGUUCAAGUACUAGUUCGCCCCCACCCCCUUCCUCAUCACCCCAGCCCCUCCACUGCCCGUUCACAUAUAUGGCAUAAUGUAGUUUCGCUAUGGGUGCCCAUCCCCACGUAGCCCAGCGCUAUACCGACGACGUCCACAAAAUGUUCGUCAAGGCCAUGUCGAACCCGAGCUGCGUAGCCUGGGGGGAGUGCGGACUGGACUACUUCAAAAACCCGCCGGAAGCGCACCCGAUCCAACGCGAAGUAUUCGCCCGUCAACUCACCGCCGCCGUCUCCCUGGACAAGCCCAUCGUCAUCCACACCCGAGACGCCCCGGACGAUACAUUAUCGCUUAUCCGCGAGCACGUUCCAAAAUCCCAUAACCUGCACAUCCACUGCUUCACCUCCACAGCCGAACUCGCACGGUCGAUCCUGACAGAGUAUCCGAACUCGUUCAUCGGGAUUACCGGUGUCGUGACGUAUAAGGGGUUGGAACACAUUCGCGAGUUGAUUGUCUCUGGGGAGUUACCGCUGGAGAGGAUACUGCUCGAGACUGAUAGUCCAUUCAUGGUGCCUAAGAACGCGUAUGAUUGGUUGGCGAAGAGUAGACCAGAGAGAGAGAAGAAGAGGAGAUUUGCGGUCAGCCACGCUGGGAUGAUUCCGUUCGUUGCGGAGAAGAUUGCUGGAUGGGUGAACGAGGGACGGAUAGCGAGAGGGGAGGAGGAAACCGAAAUUGAGGCGGUGCUGGAUGUUACAAGGGGGAAUGCUAGGAGAAUGUAUCGGAUCGAGAUCUGACAGGAGUUGUGAUAUCACUGUAGCGACAAUGACAAGCUGUCGGUUUUGUG